CGACUGCCUUGCUCUUCUCCUCCGCUGCUGGGCGUCGUAGAGUGUGGUGCGCUUCUUGACCGCUGCGGCACACAGGGACGCGCCGCGCCAAACAUCGUCAGCCUAGAUUCAGAGAUCGCAACCUGCGCCCUACGCGCUCAUCGCCGUCUACACGCCACACAUCAUCACCAUCUACACGCACACAUCUCACUCGACGCGCCUCUUCAUCGCUACUCCAUUGGCAGCCACUCGCGACCAUCGUGCGGGCGCCCAACCCUCCUCUCACUAUCGCGUUCAACAUCACUCAAGUAGCCCUGCGAUCGGCACCUCCAGCGUACUUCCUUCAACCACCGCCACACUACCCGCCAUCCCUCAUCUUCCACCACCACCACUCUCAACCGCCCCCCUUCAACGCGCCACACAAACCCUCGCCCACCAUGAACCCCCCGCGCGGCAUGCCGCUCCUCAGCGGGCCCCCGCCCCCGCCCAGCGACACAGGCCGCGCCGAGAUCGCGUGCAGGAAAUGUAACAAGGAAUUCAACAUCAUCUUCACCCGCGCCCGCCGCUGCAACCACUGCGGCUACUCCUACUGCCACUCCUGCUCCGACUAUCAAGCGUUGAUGCCCAGGGAGACGAGAUCCGGCACCAACGCGGGCUACGACCCCGCCCCCGUGUGCGCGUUCUGCAUCGAGAUGCUGAAUAUAACCGCCACCCCGCCCUCCUCCCUCCGACAGAUGCCGCUCGCGAAGUUGAAGCGCUACGUCACCGCCUACGGCAUCCGCGCCGCGCAGCUGGCCGUCGAGAAGGAGGAGAUGGUGAGGGCUGUGGUGGGGGUGAGGGGCCAAAACGGCUGCCUCCCGCUCGAGAACGAGCGCUUCUACCGCCGGCACUCGGUCCCGAAGCAUCCCGAUAAUGCGAAGCCGCGGGGGUUGUUUAGUACGCGGGCGGAGGGACCGCCACCCCCCGCGCAGCCGCCGCGCGAGACACGACCCGAGUUCGCGAGGCCGGAUUUGGCGCCGGAUGGGCCGCCUCCCCCUACGGGUUCGAGAUCUCAGGACUCUACGGGUUCAAGACCUCCGUACCAGCCGUCGCCAGGUGGUGGAUACCAACAAGGGUACGCCCCCCAAUAUCAACAAUACGCCCCACCGCCCGGCGCACCACCACAAGCGGGGCAGAGACCGCCGCACCCGCCGCCGCCGCAGUCGAGGCCGGGUGGACCCUCACAACGAUCAGGUGGCGGAGGUACGUCGGAGAGGGGAGGAGGAGGCCCCUCGCAAAGACCACCCCCGCCCCCACCGCAAACCACGCGCCCGCCCACGCCACCGCCACCUCCGACACUCGAAGAACUCGUAGACAUGCCAGAAGAUGACAUCAACAAGCUGUCGGUACACAACCUGAAAGGGAUCCUCCGCACGAACCACGUCCCGCUGGGCCAAGUUCUGGAGAAAGCCGACCUAGUCUUGAAGGUGAAAGCGCUGGUUGGGGAGGAGCGGCGGGCGAGGGAGGUGAGGGAGAUGCAGGAGGCGGCGGAGAGGGGGGAGUGGGAGGCGUACGAUAAUGUGCAUCCGACGGCUUCCACGGCGCCGGAAGAACCGAGGGCGCCCUCGCCGCGACGGGAGGAAGCAGCGGAGGGCAGCGCGGCGCCUGCCGACUACGGGCCGCCUGCUUCGGUGCCUCCCAUGUCCGUGGCGGACUCGGUGCCUCCGCCGGCAACGACGUCACCACCGAAUCCCUCUUCCUCGCCGCCUCCUGCCCCUUCAUCACCGAAUCCCUCUUCCUCGUCGCCACCUAAACCCUCCGCCUCAGCAGCCAGACCCUCCCCCGCGACCUCCUACGCGGGCCGGACGUCGGCGGCCACCUCCUCGGGCCGGACGUCGGCGGCCACCUCAUACGCGGACCGCCCCGGGCUGUGCGUCGUGUGCCAGGACGAGGACGCGGUGCUGGCGAUCGUGGACUGCGGCCACCUCGCGCUCUGCGCCCCCUGCGCGUCGCUCAUCAUGCGCUCGACGCGCGAGUGCCCGCUGUGCAGGACGCGGAUCGUGACGGAGGGGCGGUUGUUGAGGAUUUGGAGGACGUAGGUUGAGGGGUGGAGUUUGGAAGGAGUGGCAGGGGUGAGA